CGCCGAUCGCUGCAGGCGACUCGGUCUCUUAACUCCCGGUGCAGAACCCCUCAUCCAGUAUCGUUCUCUAUCUGCUCCGAAAGCCAGGGUUUCUCUCAGGCUUUCCCAUCUUUGAAGUCUUAAUCCGGUGAUUGAAUUAUGAUAUCUUAAUUCUUUUGAGUAGUAAUCGUUCGUGAAUAAGUGGAUCAUCCUUGAUUUUAUCUUCUCCAAGGUGAUCCACAGCGAUUGGCGGGUUCCAUGGCGGGCCGCAAUGCGCGUGCGCUGAACCAUCGCAGCAGAGAGACGGGUAGCUCUCUGUCAUCUGCUAACCGGAGUCAUAGGCUCCAGACGGGUAGGAGUACAACUACGGCCGCAGCAGUUGUGCCAGCAAUGGAAUACUACUAUGCCAUAAUCGCCACCGUUUCGGGGCUGUCUAUGGUCCUGUAUUGGAACACACUGGGCGCAGAUUUCGCCUAUGAUGACAGCCGCGCCAUCAAGACAAACCAAGACCUCCUACCAAGCACCCCCAUUGGCCAGCUCUUCUUCAACGACUUCUGGGGCACCCCACUUACUCACAGCGGUUCCCACAAGUCUUAUCGUCCUCUAUGCGUUCUCACCUUCCGCCUGAACUAUGCCCUGGGAGGCUUCGACCCUUGGGGCUACCACUUCUUCAAUGUAGUCCUCCACACCCUCGUCUCAGCCCUAUUCACCCACUUUGCUUCUGCAAUCUUCUGCCACAAUCCCUUGCCCACUUUAGUAGCAGGGCUUCUCUUUGCUGCGCACCCCAUCCACACUGAAGCGAUUGCCGGGAUUGUGGGCAGGGCAGAUGUAGGAGCUUGUCUGUUUUUCUUGUUCGCUUUGCUAUCUUACAUGAGAUACUGUAAAUACAGGGAUAAAAAGGUAUUUCUUUAUGCCUCUGUUGCAAUGUCUGCUGCAUCCAUGCUUACUAAGGAACAUGGCGUGACCGUACUCGUGGUAUGCGCUGUGUAUGAUCUGUUUGUGGUACAUCGUUUACACCCAAAGGAUUUCCUGGUCAUCUUUAAUCAGAAAAAAUAUGGUGCUCUUCGAGAAGGUCUGUUUCAUUUGAUUCUUGCUGCAAUUGGAUUGAUUCUCGGUCGCUUCCAUCUCAUGGGUAGCAAAGCCCCAGAUUUUGCCCCAGCUGAUAAUCCAGCUUCAGAUAAUGCAUGCAUGUUGACGAGGGCUCUCACUUUCUUCUACUUGCCUGCCUUCAACUUCUGGCUGCUUCUAUGCCCCCGAUGGCUGAGCUUCGACUGGUCCAUGGAAGCCAUACCACUUAUCAAAAAGCCCUGGGACACAAGGAAUAUAUUCAGCGCUUGCUUCUACGCAUGCUGUUUGUACUUCCUUGUGAUGAUCUUACGUUCACUGUCAUCGCAAAGAUCGAGUGCUCUAUCAGGUAAUCAUGGCUCAUGCAAUUGUUCUAGCUGCUCCUGGAAUCCCAGAUUGCAAUUCGGAAGGCAGUACUUCAGGAGCAGCUACAAACCUUCUUCUUGCGUCAUGGAUAAUAAUAACCUCUUACUAGGUAAUGGGCAAAACAGGGCAUCCAACAAUGUUGCCAAUGGAAACCCAUCAGUACAGUGCAGAUCAUCAUCGGUGCCCAGUACAGAUUACUACUGCUACAGUGGCCAGCACAACCACAUGGACGCUGUGAUAAUGGCCACAAGUUUGUUGGUCUUUCCCUUUGUGCCGGCCACGAACUUAUUUUUCUAUGUAGGAUUCGUAGUGGCCGAGCGUGUACUGUACAUACCCAGCAUGGGGUUCUGCCUACUCAUUGCUUUAGGCUUCGAUCAGCUAUACAGAAUGCAGGACAAAUUUACCAGGAAGAAAAUUCUUUUGGGAGUUUUCUGUACGCUGCUGGUUGUCAUGUCUGUGCGGACCGUGCGUCGGAACAGGGAUUGGUGGAACGAGGAGAAUCUUUAUCGUUCAGGAAUCCCCAUAAAUCCACCAAAGGCAUAUGGAAAUUUGGCUAACAUUCUGAGCUCUCAAGGAAAGAAGGCUGAAGCUGAGUGGGCAUAUAAAAAAGCUCUUUCGUACCGAGCGAACAUGGCGGAUGUACAUUACAACCUGGGAAUAUUGCAACAGGAACAAGCACGUUACGACGAGGCAAUUAUCAGCUACAAAUUAGCUAUUCAAUUCCGUCCCAGGCUGGCAAUGGCACACUUGAAUUUGGGAUUGGUACUUGGAAUUCUGGGAAGAAGAGAAGAAGCUGCAGAUGUCUAUCGUCAUUGCGCAGAACUGGACAGCAGUGGAUUAAAGGACCCUAAAAUGCAUGAGACAACAAAAAUAUCGGCUCUUUUUAAUUUGGGAAGGCUAUAUGCAGAUAAUGGCUCAUAUGAUCGCGCCAUCGAGGUGUAUCAAGAAGCUGUUGAUAAAAUGCCUCAUCAUUAUCAACCGCAGUCUUUGUACAACAUGAUGGGUGAAGCAUUUUUCAAACUAAAAAGAUUCAAAGAAGCUGAACGUUGUUACCAACAAGCUCUGCGUGCAAAAUCUGACCACAUACCGGCACAUCUAACUUACGCGAAACUGCUUUCUAAAUGGGAUCGUCAUAGGGAGGCUGAACAGUGGUUUUUAAAAGCAAAGGUUAUUGCUCCGAACGAUUCGAGUGUUUUUCAGCAUUAUGCUCAGUUUCUGUCCGAAAACGAACGGCAUGCUGAAGCGGCGGAAAUUUACAUACGAGCAGCGGAAUUGGCUCCCGAAGAAUACGAGAUCGUUUUCAAUGCAGCAAACGCGCUGAGACAAGCCGGCAGAAACGAAGAAGCAGAGCAUUAUUACAAAAUUGCUGUGAAAUUGAGGCCACAUACGGUGACAUGUUGGAGCAGUUUAGGAGCUAUGCUUCAUACCAAUGGCAAGCUUCAAGAGGCCGAAGAGGUAUAUCUCGAGGCUCUUCGACGUGCACCAGACGAUACUACAACUCGUAUGAACUUACAGAAGCUUCACACCCUAAUCGCACCUAAAGGGUCGAAUAGGAGGUAGAACUUCACAUGAUGAAAUUAUUUUGUUGUUCCGAUUAUACGUGUUUCAGGUCUCUUCAAAUCCUUUGAAGGCCUCAUGUUUCAGUGUUUGUUUCAUGUUCCAGUGUUCUGAAUUAUACAAGCAUUUGUCGUCUGUGCAAAAUCUUGAAGAUAUUCCACUAACAACUGAUUUGAACAACUGUACAACUUUCUGUAACAGCAGUUCGCGCUGGUCGCCAUUUUGAAAGAACAUAAAAACAUUUGGCGCCAAAUAUUUCGCCGAAACUUGCUACCUUAUCGCCAAUAGCUGUCUCCCGAGUUUAAAUUUCUCGUAGAAUAGCAAUCUUCUUUAAAUCCUAUUAAUGAUCAUUUCCCUAACUUUGCACGAACUCACUUGUAUGAAAAUCCCAUUUUUGGGGGAACUUAAUGGAACUAUUCUGAAUUAUUUCAAAGACUUUUAUUUUUGAGGACGGUGAGAAAGAAAAUGUUCUCCAUGAAUUUUAUUUCAAGCACACAUAUUUCUUUCCUUUUAUUUUAAACUAAAAUAAAAGUAAGUAUGUAAAAACUGAAAUGUGUGUUAAAAUUUCCACAUGCGGAGCUUUAUCUAAAGGAUUGUUAUGAAAACAAGAUGGAGCUGAAUGUCGAAAGGAUGAAUUAUUAUUUAUGUACUUGUAAAUAGUUGCACGUAUAUAGCGUGUAACAUACUUAAUUUUAGUGAGACUUUUAUGUUUAUUUUCAAAACUUUGAAAGAUAUUCUGCUUGGUGUAUAUAUGAUAUUUUGCACAGAAAAAUGAAAUUCUUAACAUAUUUGUUUAGCAAUAUGAAGUUAUACUUCGUUUUAUACGUUUUUCACCAGUGAUAUUUUAGUUCUUUAUACGUAUAAUUUUUUGUUAACCCGACUUUAGAUUUAAUGUCUGCUCGCCAAAGUUGAAUUUUUUUGGGGGUGAUUCUUCGCUAAAUCUAACUUUCACACUUUUUCAUCGCCGUUUGCUACCAUAUUUUGUAACCAUCCAAGAUGGCGGAUUUUCAGCAAGUUUUUGAAAUGUUGGCAGAAUUUUGUCGUGCUUGGCGAGAAAUCCUGCAAUCAACCCUAAGUCUUACCUUCUUUAUUUCUGCUUUUGCAUCGUAUGAGGACCAAUGAUUAAUAUUUCGAAAUGUAGAUAGUUAUUCUCGGAAUUCGAUAUCCUUUUAUCUGUAUAUGAUACAAACUGCCCUCAAUAUUGAUAAUUAGAUCUAUUCUAAGCUAAAAUUGCUGUAGUAUGUUUCGCUUGCAUGAAGAUAUUUUCGUAGUGGAAUAAUGAGAAAUGGUGAUUCCUUAAAAGUACAGACAUUCCAGUAUAGAUAUUAAUUAGAAAUGAGUGACAUGGCUGUUAAAUUCAUAAACAGUUCUCAUUUGUGUUAAUGUGAUUUCUUUAAAGAAAUUUUGGCAAAAAAAAAUGAUUCGUGGUUGUCUAGAUGAAAAUGGAUUUGGAUAUAUUUUAUAGAUACCUAUUCACAAAAUUAUUUCUAUAAAUUUAUUCGUUAUUAUUUUUUUGAACGAUGUUCAAUUUAUUACAAAAUAAUUGAAGCAUUUAUUUGUGUUUGAAACAGAAUACGAAACGAAUCAUUACUUUAAUAGGAUUUCAUUAUAAUAAUACCUUUAAAGCAUUAUUUUUAACGUUUUGCAUAGUAAAUAUAUGCUUUUGCAUUUAAUAUUUUAUAAUUUACUAU